AUGACAGCCUCCCUCGCCCGCAACCUCGCCUCACAAUCCGUCCACCUAACAAUCCACCCGCCCCCGCGAUCCCUCUCCGAAAGCAAACUCGUGCUCUCCGCAUUGCAGAAAUACGGCGAGGUGGUGACGUUUAAGAAUUUGAAGUACGACAAAACCAACACCAACCCCACGGCCCCCCGAAACACAAUCGCGGUCUUCGAAUCCCCUCAAGCUGCGAAAGCGGCAAUUGCGAGCUCGCCGUUGAGGAUUGUUCUUCCUUCCUCCCACGCCACCUCCUCCUCUUCCUUAUCCGCAUCUUCCUCCGUAUCCUCCACCACAACCUCCUCUUCCUCGUCUCCCUCCUCAAACCCAUCAACGCAACUAUCCACACGAACCCACCCCCCCAAAACCCUCUUCUGCAACCUCCAACCAUCCCGCCACAACCACCUCUCCUCCCUGCACCGAAACCCCUGCUACGGGAGCUUCAAACCCGACAAGGAAAGCCACCAGGCGGGGGACUUGCGACGCACUGGCAUCCCCCUAAAGGAGUUGGCCGAUGUGCCGGUGAGGUGGAAGUUGGGGAGUUCGCAGGCGGAGUCACGGUCUCGGGUACGAUCGCCAUCGCUAUCGCUAUCGCGGGGGCAGGGACAAGAGCAAGAGCAAGAGCAAAAGCAAGAGCAAAUACAGGGGCAAGGACAAACACAAGCACAAGCACAAGCACAAGCACAAGGGGAGGGAGACGGGGCGACGGAUACAGGGGUAGGUGUGUUUGCGUGGAGUAAGAGGAAGAGGUGUAGAAUGGGGGGGACUUCGUUGCAGGCGUUGUACAAUACUAAGGUUGCGGAUGGGGAGGGUGGUAAGAUUUGGGCUGAGGAGGGGAAGGGGAAGAGAGAGUGA